CCGAUCCCCCGACCGCCGCAAGCGCAGUGAAUAGCAAAGAAGAUUCAAGAAGUUUUUGUGCGAUUGAACGUCCUGCGGCUCUCACCGUGCAUUUCUCCCUCCUUGCUCGACUUUUCCCCUGUGACACUCACUGGUUUCUCGGAUUCUGCGACACCCUCAUAGUCUUGUCUAGUUCUCGUUCUCGUACCUCACACCAUGGCGGAGGCAAAGAGUGGAAGACCUCGGGUCUACUUUGACAUCACAAUUGGAGGAAGACCACAAGGCCGGAUAGUCUUUGAACUUUACAGUGAUGUGGUACCGAAAACGGCAGAGAAUUUCCGUGCUCUAUGCACGGGUGAAAAGGGCAUGGGAAAGCAAGGCAAACCGCUACACUACAAAGGGUCAAUCUUCCACAGAGUCAUCAAGGCAUUCAUGAUCCAGGGCGGCGACUUUACGAGGUUCAACGGAACUGGAGGCGAGUCCAUUUAUGGCGAGAAGUUCGAGGAUGAGAACUUCGACCUGAAGCAUGACCGCCCUUUUCUCCUGUCUAUGGCCAACUCCGGCCCUGGUACCAACGGUUCGCAAUUCUUCAUCACGACUGUUCCCACUCCUCACCUAGACGGCAAGCAUGUUGUGUUUGGCGAAGUCAUCAACGGCAAGAACAUCGUGCGAACCAUCGAAAAUCUUCCCUUGCAGUCAGACAAGCCAGUUGGUGGGGACGUGGUGGUAGCCGAUUGUGGUCAGCUCGAGGGUGAUGGCUAUAGUACAGCCACUCAGAAAGUGGCGGAUCCGACUGGCGACCCAUAUGAGGACUACCCAGACGACCAAGGUGAAGGCUUGAAAGGGGAGGACUACUACAAAAUCGCAUUGGACCUGAAGGAAUUCGGCAACAAGGCCUUCAAAGCUGGCGACGUCGAGACAGGCAUCGAGAAGUAUCAGAAGGCCCUCAGAUACCUGAACGAGUAUCCCGCAGCCAACGACAACGACCCCAAGGAUCUUCAGAGCAAUAUGGACGCCUUGCGAUUCACACUUCACAGCAACUCAGCCCUUCUCGCCAAUAAAGCCAAACGAUAUGAUGAGGCUCAGAAGUGGGCUGGAUUUGCCAUUGAUUCUAUCCCGAAAGACGCCAAGGAGACGGACAAGGCCAAAGUGUACUUCCGACGCGCACAAGCGCGUGUGGCGCUGAAGGACUUGGAGGAAGCACUCAAAGACUAUGAGCAGGCCGCGACACUUGCCCCCGAGGACGCUGCGAUCAAGUCCGAGCUGGCCAGGACGAAGAAGACCCUUGCUGACAGCAUCAAGAGGGAGAAGGAAAGCUACAAGAGAUUCUUCACCUCUUAAAGAGAGGGGCUAUGUCGUGGGUUGGUUGCAUCCUUUCGAGGUGUGGACAAAAGGGUCUCGGACGUGGGUGCUGCACGGUUUGAGGCAUCAUCGGCAGGCAGGCGUGGCUCCUACGAGUAGACCUCGUGUUCUCGGUGGGUUGUCCUUUUCAGCCCGGGGAAAAUGCAUGAGCUGAAGGCGCGGUUGAAAAUGAGUUUGAAUAUUCCCCUCGAGCGAACAAGUGCUUUCAAUGAGCUUCCCGCGUUAUGACGCAGCUAGUCAAGGUAGACCCAGACCAAUGAUAUACCAGGCGACAUGCAGACUCCCAAAAUGACCCGAUUCCCC